UAUUUUUCAUACUUUUUCAAUACUUUCGAAACAGACGUUGCAAAGGAGGAAAAAAGCGAAGAUCGAUAGAUCAAAUCAAAUUAAAAAUCGGAAUGCUUCCGGAUCUCCAGCAUAA